UUAUUCAGUGAAACAUGGUUAAAUAAAUCAUCUUUUAAAUCAACCUUUGCCCAAUCGAAGUCCAGCCUUACUUAUAGGUACAGGAGGGACAGCAAAAGAGAAUCCCUGUGAAGGCUGUUCUGCACAGACAUACAGAGAUGACUUCUGUUCUCCAACCCCGAGAGUGUAAAGUGACCAAAAAACCCCAAAAGAGCUAUGGAUUCUACCUGCGUAUUGAGAAAGACACAGCAGGGCAUCUCAUCCGGAACGUGGAAAAGAAGAGUCCAGCUGAAAAGGCUGGCUUGAAGGAUGGAGACAGAGUCCUCAGGGUUAAUGGUGUGUUUGUAGACAAGGAGGAACAUGCACAGGUGGUGGAGAUCGUCAAAAACAGCGGAAAUUCUGUUGUACUUCUUGUUCUGGAUGGCGCAUCCUAUCAAAAGGCAGAAGAGGAGGGAGUGAACUUGGAAGAGGUGGGUCAAAAAGUGUCAACAGGACAGCAGGAGCAGCAGUCCCCACCGACCAUGGCCAAUGGAGCAAUCACUGCAGUUCCACAACCACGGCUCUGCUACCUAGUGAAGGAGGAGAAAGGCUAUGGCUUCUCCUUGAAAACCACAGAAGGACAGAAGGGGUUGUUCAUAGUAGAGCUUUCAUCACAAGGAGCAGCUGCAAAGGCUGGUGUCCAAAAUAAUGAUCGCCUGAUUGAAAUCAAUGGAAAAAAUGUGGAAAAUGACACACAUGAGGAAGUGGUGGAAAAGGUAAAGAAGUCUGAAAAUCAUGUUAUGUUUCUACUUUCAAAUGAAGAAACAGACCGAUAUUACGCAAGCCAGAAGAUGGUACUGAGCAAAGAGAGCGCCAACCUGAGAUUGCUUCCCCUCAAACCACGACUUAUUGAGAUUCAGAAAGGAGAAAAUGGUUAUGGCUUUUAUCUACGGAUGAAAAAAAAUACUGGUGAUCAUACAAUCAAGGAUGUUGAUUCUGGGAGCCCAGCAGCCAAGGCAGGUCUCAAAGACAAUGAUAUCUUAGUGGCUGUCAAUGGUGAGCAAGUGGAUGGGCUGGAUCAUGAAAGCGUGGUGGGAAAAAUUCAGCAGUCUGAGGCAAAAACCACACUGUUGGUAGUGGAUAAGGAGACUGACUCCAUGUAUAAACUGGCUCAAAUUUCCCCCUACUCAUACUACUACAAAGCACAAGAUCCAACUCCAGCUACCACGCAAGAAAGAGUGGAGUUGCACACUGAACAGCAAGUGAACCACAAGCCAAGAAUCUGCAAGAUGGUGAAAGGGCCUAGUGGAUUUGGCUUCAGUUUAAACAUGAUCAAGAACAAGCCUGGACUGUUCAUCAGUGAGGUACAAAAGCACGGGCCAGCUGACACAGCAGGUGUGGAAAACAACGACUAUUUGGUGGAAGUGAACGGGGUGCGUGUGAUCGAUGAACCCUAUGACAAAGUUGUGGCAAGAAUCCAUGAGAGUGGUGACAGGCUUAUGCUACUAGUAUGCAGCAAAGAUGCUUACAAACACUUCCAGGGCCAUAACAUUCCCAUCACAGCCUCCAUGGCAGAUCCAGUCCAUGACACUUCUGAACCUCCUGCUUAUACAGACAACCACUCAUCAGAGCAAGAGAGAAACUCACCUGAACCAAGGGAAAGGGCAAGCUCAUCCUCCUCUUCACAAUCAGCUGCUUCUACAAGAGCAGACAGUGACAACGAUGACACAAAGUUGUGAGGAGAAAAACUACACUAAGAAUGAAAAAGAAACCUUCCAAAUGCACUUUCUUCAAUUGUUCUUUGCUACUACACCUCCCAGAACUUGUCUAUUCCUAGGAGUGCCAUACCUGUAAAGGACUGCAGUCUCUUGCUGAAAUGCAGCUGCUUGAAAUAAACACUUCGGUGUAACCUCCAUUCAGUUAACACACUGCAAUCGUGCUUCAUUGGCUUCCUGCCUUGUAAAACAGGUCACUUCUGCAAAGGCUUAAAUAGCUAGAAGUAUAUAAUUAAGUACACUGCAGCAGAAGGCAGAAACAUUUUAUGAAUUCAUAAGCAUCUUAGCCUUUUAAGGAUAAGCUCUUAAUAAAGAGCAAUUGAUUUCUCCCCCUCUCCCAGGAGGGGCAGUUCCCACCCUAAUCCAACUGCAUCAACACAAUCUCUGUGGCAACUCUUCUAUGCUACACUUACAGCAGCACAACCACUGUGAGAUGGCAUAAACCAAUGUACUCUGUGCAUUACGCUCCCUUCUCUUGCUAACAAGGCAGAAAUUUCUUUCAAACAUUAAGCUAAUUUCAUAACUCAAGACAUCUAAGCAUAUUCUCUCUCCUCGGCCUACAGCUGUGGAUCACCGUAGUUAAUACACAAUUCAGUCAUGCAUGUUUCUCUGACUCCAAGUCAAAACCAUGUUGUUGUGAAUGAGACAUAAAUAGCUCUGUAAUACCACUGCUGUAUACUUUUCCUCCUUGCUGUACACCAAAGACAAUACACAAAUAAAUUGUUUAGAGUGGC